AUCAAAAAAAAAAAAUGUCUGAGAGGAGGAUUCAUUAUUCCCAGCUCAAAAACGACAACUUGAAUCAAAUCUCGCCUUCUUCUGCUCCUUCUCCAAUCACCCUGAAUCAUCAAUUAACCGACUCUUCUUCUUCUUCUUCCUCCGGUGGUAAUAAUCGAAUAAGCCCCAUCAUUCUCUUCAUCAUCGUUCUCUUAUCCGUAAUCUUCUUCAUCUGUAGCAUUCUACAUUUGUUGGUCAGAUAUUACUUAAAGAAGAAAAGAUCAAACCUUUCGUCAUCACCAAACGAAUCUAAUCAAAACCCAGAAUUUUCCGACUCCGAUACUUACCAAAGACAGCUUCAACAGCUCUUUCAUCUCCAUGAUUCAGGUCUAGAUCAAGCUUUAAUCGAUGCUCUUCCUGUGUUUCUUUACAAAGAGAUCAAAGGUACGAAAGAGCCUUUUGAUUGUGCAGUGUGUCUCUGUGAAUUCUCGGAAGAUGAUAAGCUUAGAUUGCUUCCGAAUUGUAGUCACGCUUUUCACAUAGAUUGUAUCGAUACUUGGCUUCUCUCGAAUUCGACUUGUCCACUUUGUAGAGGAACCCUUUUCUCUUUAGGUCAUCAAUUUGAAUACCCUGAUUUCAAUUUCGGGUUUUUCGCCGGAGAUGAUGGAGGAGGAGGAGUUAGGGUUUCUCCGGUUCAGAAACCAGCUGAGAAUGAGAUUGGGAAGAGAGUGUUUUCAGUGAGGCUUGGUAAGUUUAGGAGCAGUAAUAUUGUCAACAAUGGUGAAGUAGUAGUAGGAGGAGGAGGAGAGACAAGUAGUAGUAGUCUUGAUAAUAGAAGAUGUUUCUCAAUGGGGUCUUAUCAGUACAUAGUGGCUGAAUCAGAUCUGGUUGUUGCUUUGUGUCCUAAUAAUGAAGGAUUGAAGAAUAAUAAGGAUGUUGAAGGGAAGAAGAUUAAUAUGAGAAGUAAAGGUGAGAGCUUUUCUGUGUCAAAGAUUUGGCAAUGGUCUAAUAAGAGAUCAAAGUUUCCUAAUAAUCAUCCAUCAGAGACUAAUCUUGUGGUUGGUGGUUCUUCUUCUUCUUCUUCUUAUGUUUGUUCUGGAUCUGAUGGGUUAUCAUUGAAUGGAAGGAGAUUUCAGGGUCCAUGAGAUUUUAAGGGUAUAGAUCAGAGGGUAGCUUUAGUUCUGCCAUUGAUUUAAUUGAAUUAUUGAUUUUGUGUGUUUUGGUGAAUUCAUUUUGCUUAACACGAUAUGACCACUGUAGUGUUGUUUUGUGUCCUCUGUAGCUGAAUCUCUCUGUUUGUUUAAGGGAAUAAGCUUUUGUU